AUGGCCACGGCGAGCAACAUUGUGGUGGGGUCGUACGUGUGGGUGGAGGACGCGCAGAAGGCAUGGAUGCCAGCAGAAGUACUCGGAGUAGACAGCAAGACGGUUACCGUCAGGAUUGGGCGGAAAGAGGUCAACCUGAAGCUGACCAACGUGCAUCCCAAGGACCCCGACGCGCCGAGCGGCGGAGUGGACGACAUGACGAAGCUGGCGUACCUGCACGAGCCGGGCGUGCUCAGCAACCUCGCGACGAGAUACGGCCUCGACGAGAUCUAUACAUACACGGGCAACAUCCUGAUUGCUGUGAAUCCGUUUCAGCGGCUGCCGCAUCUGUACAGCCAGCCCAUGAUGGAGCAGUACAAGGGCGUGCGCCUGGGCGAGCUCAGCCCGCACGUGUUUGCCAUCGCCGAGACAGCUUACAGGGCCAUGCUGGACUGUGGCGAGAGCCAGUCCAUCCUGGUGAGCGGGGAGAGCACAGGGCCAUGCUGGACUGUGGCGAGAGCCAGUCCAUUCUGGGCCAUGCUGGACUGUGGCGAGAGCCAGUCCAUUCUGGUGAGCGGGGAGAGCGGGGCGGGCAAGACAGAGACAACGAAGCUCAUCAUGCAGUACCUCGCUUACAUGGGCGGGCGGGCCACAGAGGGGCGAUCCGUGGAGGCACAAGUGCUGGAGUCAAAUCCCCUUCUAGAAGCCUUUGGCAAUGCCAAGACCGUCAGAAACAACAACUCCAGCCGCUUCGGCAAGUUUGUGGAGAUCCAGUUCGAUGCCGCAGGGCGAAUAUCGGGGGCAGCAGUGCGGACAUACCUGCUAGAGCGGUCCAGAGUGGUGCAGACCUCUGACCCCGAGCGCAACUACCACUGCUUCUACCAGCUCUGUGCUGGCGCCACUCCUGAGGAAGCAGCACGACUGAAGCUCGCCCCACCAGAGACGUUUCACUACCUCAACCAGAGUUCCUGCUUUGAGCUGACGGGGUAUAGCAACAAUGCGGAUGAGUAUGCUGCCACCCGCAGAGCCAUGGAUGUGGUUGGACUCAGCCAUUUGGAGCAGGAUGCAAUCUUUCGAGUGGUGGCGGCCAUUCUACAUCUGGGCAACAUCUCGUUUGCCCCGGGAAAGCAGCCGGACUCGUCCAAGGUGUCGGGCGACAAGGCCAAGUUCCACCUGGAUGCAGCGGCAGAGCUGCUCGGGUGUGACCGGCGGGCAUUGCGGGAGUCACUGAUCACUCGCACACUGGUGACUAGGGACGGGAACAUCAAGAGGGAGUUGGAUCCGGCAGCAGCAGUUAUCAGCAGAGACACGCUCGCCAAGACCAUCUACUCCAAGCUCUUUGACUGGUUGAGGGAGUUGGAUCCAGCAGCAGCGGUGAUCAGCAGAGAUAUGCUCGCCAAGACCAUCUACUCCAAGCUGUUUGAUUGGCUCGUGCACAAGGUGAACGUGUCAAUCGGGCAGGACUCGCACGCCAAGUCCAAUCGGCUGGUGCACAAGGUGAAUGUGUCAAUCGGUCAGGACCCCAAUGCCAAGUCCAUCAUUGGUGUGCUUGACAUCUACGGCUUCGAGAGCUUCCAAACCAACAGCUUCGAGCAGUUCUGUAUCAACCUGGCAAACGAGAAGCUCCAACAACACUUCAACCAGGUAUGCUUGCCUUGCAUCAUCCCCAUCUCUUUCAGUUGA